CAAAAAUUGGAGGAGCAGAUUCCUUGCCGACCUCAGAGAGAGAGGUGCUACUCCUUGUCCUUCUUCCCUCCCAAGAGUUUCCUGGGGCUUCCCCAAAGCCAAGAUGAGAGUCUUCAUCUGUCUGAGCAUCUUCUGUUUCGUGUUGGCUACAUGUCAAUUUAAGUGCUUUUCGGAUCCCCUGAGACCACUACUUAAAGAUGGUAAAGGGGUGAAGCCAAACACCUGCGUUGAUCGAUAUGAUGGGAAAACCCAUCCCAUUAGGUCCAGCUGGAGUACAGCCCAUUGCUUCGUUUGUGAGUGCAGUCCAGCUGGAAUGCAAUGUUGUGAGAGGGACCGUGGUAUCAUAAUACUUGAAAGAUGCAAGAAAGGGGAAAAUCCAGAAUCAUGUGAUAAUGGAGCCCUGCGACUUGAUGGCAAAUGUCGGAUUAUCCUCCAUUUAGAUAUUACAAAAUUGGGAAUUAUUCCAAUCCGGGAAAGACAUCAGAAUAAAUAUCUAUUGAAAAUGGUGAAGGAUGCAAAAUAGUGGUAAAUCCAGAACUACGUAAACAUGAAAAUGUAGGCUAGAUCGUAGUGUUGAUUCUCAUCCCCUCCAAUGCUGUACUCGAAUAAACAUCUUACCUAAACAUCUUAA